ACACUCAAUCCACCUUGUCCCCCCUCCAUGUUCUCGCCUCGCCUCGCCAGGCUGGCCACGACAGCGGCUGCAUCCGCGGCACGGUGCGCGGCGUCAUUCCCCCUCGCGCCCCUCGUCCCGGCGCCCUCCAUGCGUCCUCUCUGCGCGCCCCUCGCGCGGCCCCACGGCGCCAUGGCCACCUCACUACCAUGGCGCGCCCCUCCGUGUCCGCACUCGCGUCCCACACUGCCUGCAACGCCCGCCUCAGCCGUCGCUGCAGCGCCCUCCCGCGUAUCCUCCGCUCGUUCCGUACCGCUGCUCGCUACCGCCUCGCGCCCCGCCCCCCCCGCCAACCGCAGUCCUCCGCACCGACCGCGGCGCGCCGAGAAUGGCGCGAUCGCUGCCGUCGCCGCAACGACCUCCCGCGCAACGCCGUCCGCCGCUAGCGCCGCAAUCCCCUCGUUCCUCCCUCGCGUGCCAACCCCCGCGCACUCGUUUCCCGCCCGCCAGCACCCCGCCCUGCCCCAUCCGACGACACGCGCGCCCCGCGCGCCGAGUGCAGCGCGCGCGUCGGCGCUGCCAUUCGACUUCGCGGACGGCGCGCUGACGAGCGGCGCGCGCACAGGGGACGAUGGGGACGCGGAUGGCGGUGGUGGGGCGGGCAGGGGCGAGCGCGGGGAAGGCAGCUCGGCGAGGAGCGAGAUCAUAUUCGUGGGGACGGGGACAAGCGAAGGCAUUCCACGUGUCAGCUGCCUGACCAACCCCGACAAGACAUGCCCUGUGUGUGAGGCGGCGACGUUGCCCGGCAACAAGAACCGGCGGCGCAACACAUCGCUGCUGCUCCGACACUGCACACACGCCAACGGGCACGCGCAGCCCGUGGUCACUCGCAACAUUCUCAUCGACGCUGGCAAGUUCUUCUACCACAGCGCCCUGCAGUGGUUCCCCUACCACAGCAUCCGCCACAUCGAUGCCGUUCUCAUCACGCAUUCACACGCCGACGCCAUAGGAGGGCUGGACGACCUGCGGGACUGGACCAACAACGUGCAGGACGACAUCCCCGUGUACGCCAGCCACAGAGACCUCAAGGUGAUGGAGAAGACGCACUACUACCUGGUGGACACGUCCUCGCUCAUCCCCGGCACUGCCGUGUCCGCACUGCACUUCCAUGCCAUCGACGCCGCGCCCUUCCACGUGCACAGCCUCAAGGUGACCCCACUGCCUGUGUGGCACGGCGCCAACUACCUCUCCUUCGGCUACCGCUUCGGUGAUGUGUGCUACAUCAGUGACGUGAGCGCCAUCCCGGAGGCCACCUACCCCCUGCUGCGAGACUGCAAGCUGCUCAUCCUCGACGCCCUUCGCCCCGACCGCUCUAGCGCCUCGCAUUUUGCCAAUGCAGUGGCAUAAUGCACACUACAUAACCCUUAACCA